AUGCAACAGAUGCAACAACCUCGUUUCUAUGAGAAACAGCCACCCCAAGCACCCACAAGCAACUCCAGUCCAUCUUUGGAAGACUUGGUGAAGUCUAUGGCUAUCAGUACCCUGCAAUUCCAGCAAGAGAUGAAGUCAACUGUCGACAAAUUACAAGGUCAGAUCAAUCAAGUGUCAGAGGAGAAUACGAGUGCUAUAACUCUUCGUAGCGAAAAGGAAUUGGAAGGUCCACCUCCUAUAUCAAAGGAACAGAAUGAGGAUAGGAUUGAAAUGGAGAUUGAAAAAGAAGCUGAGAUCCACGAAAAGGUACAUCCUAAUUCUGUUCCUCCUACUGAAGCUAAAUCAGCUCCUUUUCCUGACAGGUUGAAGAAACCACAAAAGACAAACAAACGAAAAGAGAUGAUGGAAAUAUUUAAGAAGUUGGAACUUAAUAUCCCGCUCCUGGAAGCUAUCAACCAAAUCCCCAAGUACGCGAAGUUUUUGAAAGAACUGUGCACCAACAAAAGAAAAUUGCGAGGGGACGAGCAUAUUAUAGCGGGUGAGAACGUUUCUGCUGUUAUCAAAAGAAAGGUACCACAUAAAACCGGUGAUCCAGGUAUAUUUUCUAUCCCUCGUAAGAUUGGAAAAACUGAUAUAACUAAGGCUAUGCUAGAUCUAGGAGCUGCUAUUAAUGUCAUGCCUCGAUCAAUAUACGACUCUUUAAAUCUAGGGCCUCUAAAAGAAACAGGAAUUAUUAUUCAACUUGCUGAUCGAACUAAUGCUUAUCCUGAUGGUAUGAUAGAAGAUGUACUAGUUCAAGUGAAUGACUUAAUUUUUCCUGUUGAUUUUUAUAUUUUGGAUAUGCAUGAUGCACACUGCUUUAAUCCACCGCCUCUUUUGUUAGGAAGACCUUUUAUGUGCACUACAGGAACAAAGAUAGAUGUUAAAAAGGGCACACUCAGCUUGGAGUUUGAUGGAGAAGAAUUUCAUUUCAAUAUUUUUAAUCCCAUCAAAUGUCCUGUUGAAUCUGAAUCGUUAUAUGCAAUUAAUGUUAUUAAUUCUGUGGUUCAGGAAACUUAUGAAGUUGGUAAUGAGAAUAAACAAAGAACUGUAUUGACAACACAGUUAGAGAAAAGACCAACUGGAGAGAGUAAGUGA